AUGGUCCUUGGUGUGAUAGACGGGUCAGCGAGCAAAUUGGCCAUUUUUGUCAUUAUAACCUUACUUGAGGCCUUGUGUCUGAUAUCAUAUUACUUGGUCGUGGCGGUGGGUCCAGGCUCGCCCACAGAAUUCUCUGAGCUUUGCUGUCUCCAGCCUGAUCCUGCCGUCCGUCUUGAACCUCCAGAAUUUCUCAAGUCAAACACAGUAAUGGUGAAAAGAGAUGGAGGGUACCGUUUCUGCAACAAGUGCAAAGUUUGGAAGCCUGACAGAUGCCACCACUGCUCAUCGUGCGAACAAUGCGUUCUACGGAUGGACCAUCAUUGCCCAUGGUUUGCAGAUUGCAUCGGGUUCAAAAACCACAAAUUCUUCGUUCAAUUUCUUAUUUAUACGUCAUUUUACACGGGGCUGGCUACCUUUAUCUCAGGAUACUGUCUAUACAAGAUCUACUACCUGCAAAGCGUUUCUCUGGAUAAGUUCUCGUUGCACACUAUGUUUGUGUUUGUGCUGGGAGCCGUCAUGUGGCUGUGUGUUUCCGUGUUCACGCUGUUCACGAUAUACCAGCUACUAGUAAACAGAACGACGCUUGAAUCAUACGAAAGUCACGGGUAUCGCUCGAGCGGCAACUCGCAUGAAAUAGGAAACAUCUUUGAUCUUGGAUACAAGCAAAACUGGUGCUCCAUCAUGGGCACCACCUGGAUGGAGUGGCUGCUACCAAUCCGCACCUCUUCUGAGUACGGAUCUGGCCUCACGUUCCAAGUGAACGACUUGGUGUACCGCAAGCUACAGCAGGAGGUCCAGUUGCAGGAGAGACUGUCUCAGGAGAUUACAAACUACAGGUCGUUGCAGAAACAAAUCAACAAGUCUGCACUUCCUCCCGCAUAG